AUGGAUGCCGCAGAGUUCCGGCGAAGAGGGAGGGAGAUGGUGGACUAUGUGGCUGACUACCUGGAGAACAUUGAACAGCGUCCGGUCUACCCAGACGUGGAACCAGGGUAUCUUCGUUCCUUGAUCCCCACUGAGGCCCCACUGGAGCCUGAUAAUUAUGAUGACAUUAUCAAAGAUGUGGAAAGGAUCAUAAUGCCAGGGGUAACCCACUGGCAAAGCCCUUACUUUUUUGCCUACUUUCCAGCUGCAAGCUCUUACCCGGCCAUGUUGGCCGACAUGCUAUGUGGAGCCAUUGGCUGUAUUGGAUUCUCCUGGGCUGCCAGCCCGGCCUGUACCGAGUUGGAGACAGUGAUGUUGGAUUGGCUUGGGAAGAUGCUGAAGCUGCCCGAGCAUUUUAUAGCCGGGACUCAUGGCCACGGAGGAGGUGUCAUCCAGAGCACAGCCAGUGAGGCAACCCUGAUGUCCUUGCUCGCUGCCCGCUGUAAAGCAGUGAGACGGGUUCAGGAGACAAACCCCGAAAGACUGGAGGCUGAAGUUCUAUCCAAACUGGUGGCGUACUCCUCUGAGCAAGCCCAUUCUUCCGUGGAGCGUGCGUCCCUGAUUGGAGGAGUGAUGAUGAGGAAGGUUCCCACAGAUAACACCUAUGCUGUUGGAGGGGGAAUGCUUAAAAAGAUGCUGGAGGAGGACAGAGCGGCUGGACUAAUCCCCUUCUACUUCUGUGCGACUCUUGGUACCACCUCCUCCUGUGCUUUUGAUCACAUUACCGAGCUGGGGCCCAUAUGUAAUGAGGAAAAUAUGUGGAUGCACAUCGAUGCAGCGUAUGCAGGGAGUGCAUUCAUCUGUCCGGAAUUUAGGCCUUUGCUGAAUGGCAUUGAGUUUGCGGACUCUUUUAACUUCAACCCACACAAAUGGCUUUUAAUCAACUUUGACUGCUCUACAAUGUGGGUAAAGAAGAGACAGGACAUCAUUGGAGCCUUCAAGGUGGAACCCCUCUACCUGAAACACGAGAACCAGGAGUCAGGACUGGUCACAGAUUAUAGGCAUUGGCAGAUUCCACUGGGAAGACGAUUUCGCUCACUGAAGAUGUGGUUUGUCUUCCGUUUGUACGGGAUCGAAGGCCUGCAGGCUCAUAUACGCAAGCAAGUGGUCCUGGCCAAAGAGUUUGAGAGUCUUGUUCGAGCGGACAAGAGGUUUGAGAUCUGUGCCGAGGUGGUCAUGGGCCUGGUGUGCUUCCGGCUCAAGGGCUCCAACGAAUUGAACCAGCUCCUGCUCAAAAGGAUCACGGAGAGCAGAACCAUCCACCUGGUGCCUUGUCAGCUCUCCGGCCUCUUUGUCCUGCGCUUUGCCGUCUGCUCACGCGUCACUGACUCAGGCCACGUUCAACACGCAUGGCGGCAAAUCACACAGCUGUCCUGUGAGCUUUUGCAAAGUGAUCACUGACCAUAAAAGGGGGCCGUCCACCAGCGUGUCAAAGGCAGGACCAAUGCAAGGACGAAAAUGUCUUGUUUCGUGUUGCAGAUGUAAAAUGUCAUGAAGGGAAUGAACAAUUAGCUGUUAAAUUAGCAGUCAAGUAUAUUUCGGUCUGCUGCCAUGUUAUCUAGUCCAGUAAGCAGUAAUCACUGUGCUGUUGAUCCGUGUGAAAAUAACUUGACCCAAAACCCAAAUGUGUAUGAAAGGAAAGAAUGCAGGAUGUCAUAUUUUACAUUUUCUAUCUGCAACUUCUUCGCUAUUGACUUUGAUGUAUCUCUUACUUUUAUUGUCCUCUUUGUACUGCAAUCCUUCCGCUGUGAGCCUAUAUUGUCUGUCUAUGCCGCUUCUAUGUCUUCAAGUCCAACAUGGGUUGGUUUAUUGUAAAUGUAUUGUACAUUGUUUGUCCGAAUGGAUUUAUAAGUCAAUGGGUGCUCUCACAGAAAAAGCUUUUAAAUGUCCAUGCUUUUUGUUAUGCUUUCAACAAAGCAUUAGUAAUGAAUGAGUUGUUGUAGACAUACAAAGGCAUGAGUUUUUGAAGUUAAAGAAUUCAAAUAUCACUGCAUAUAUUUGAUAUGUCCUUCACCACUAUUUGUCCAUCAUGACGGAUGUAAAUUUGUCGUUAUCAAACCUUGUUGUUAAGUCAUAUGACUUUGUCAAAGUAUGAUGAUGUUGCUAAGCAGGGUGUUUUCUCGUUGAGUUGGCUGCAUGCAAUGUUGAUGGUUUGAAUAAAGUCUACAGUAGUCUGGAUAGUUA